AUGAAGGUCAGUCAGCUUCUCUUGCGCUUUGCGCUAGCAUUGCUGGGAAGCAAUGCCGUUGCAGCGCGGGCCUUGGGCGGGAAACCGACAGACUUCAUCAUUAACGAGGAACGUGCCCUUCAAGAUAUUGUUACCUGGGACGAGCACUCCCUCUUCGUCCACGGGAAACGUGUAAACUUCUGGGGUGGGGAAUUCCACCCUUUUCGACUGCCGGUUCCAAGCCUCUGGCUCGAUGUCUUUCAGAAGAUCAGGGCGAUGGGGUACAAUGGCGUGAGCUUCUACUCUGCGUGGGUUUUGCACGAGCCGAAGCCCGGACACUUCAGUGCGGAAGGAUUGUUCGACUGGGAACCGUACUUUGAAGCGGCAAAAAAGGCGGGGAUUUAUCUCGUCGCUCGUCCCGGACCGUACAUCAACGCGGAAGUCCACGGUGGGGGUUUCCCAGGGUGGCUCCAGAGGAUCUCAGGGAACCUGCGCACGCCCGACGCAGACUACCAGGCCGCUUCCAAGCAUUACAUCGAGUCCAUCACUCCGAUCCUAGCAAAAGCGCAAAUCACCAAUGGAGGCCCCAUUGUCCUCUUCCAGCCGGAAAACGAGUACUCCAUGGGCAUGAACAACGUCACCUUCCCCGACGCCUCCUACAUGAACGGCCUUAUGAAGCAGUUCCGUGAUCUCGGUAUCGUGGUUCCAUUCAUCAACAACGUGGCGUGGCCCAGCGGCAUCAAUGCCCCCGGCACAGACGCACCAGUCGACAUCUACGGACAUAAUUCGUACCCGCUGGGGAUGGACUGUUCCGAUCCAAAGAAUUGGCUUGAUGGCGCGUUGCCGACGGAUUGGCGAAAGACACAUCUGGAGCAAAGCCCAAAUACACCGUACUUAUUGGUCGAGUACCAGGCCGGUGCGUAUCAGCCGUGGGGUGGUGAUGGGUUUGACAAGUGCGCUGAAUUCACGAAUGAGGAGUUCGAGAGGGUGUUUUACAAGAAUAACAUUGCUGUGGGGGCGACGAUCAGCAAUUUCUACAUGACUUUUGGUGGGACGAAUUGGGGUAAUCUCGGCCAUGCUGAUGGAUACACUUCGUAUGACUACGGGGCUGCUAUCACCGAGGAACGUCAAGUUCACCGCGAGAAGUACAGCGAGGCGAAGUUGAUCGCAAACUUUGUCGCUGCGUCUGGGGAUGCACUAGCAUCCGCGACACCUGGUUACAACAUAACGGGAGUAUACGCAGACAACGGAGCUGUCACCGUGACCCCGCUCAUUGGAGAGAAGACCAAGUUCUUCGUCGCACGCCAAACAAAGUACAACUCGCUGGACUCUGUAUCGUAUAAGCUCAGGUUGCCCACCAGCGCAGGCAAUAUCACCGUCCCCCAGCUCGGCGGAACACUUUCGCUGAAUGGCCGCGACUCGAAAAUCCACGUUACAGACUACCCGGUCGGAGACUAUAACCUCCUUUACUCUUCAGCUGAAGUCUUCACCUGGAAGAAGCACGGCUCUAGAACCACACUCGUCGUAUACGGCGGACCGAACGAGCAUCACGAGCUAGCGGUAUCUAAAACCAGCGGCGCCACUUCCGUCGAAGGCUCCGGCAUCAAGUUCUCCAACCGCAAUGGGAACACGAUCCUCAAUUGGGAGUCCUCGCCCAACCGACGGACUGUGCGAAUCAGCACUGAUCUGUACAUCAUCGUUCUGGAUCGAAACUCCGCAUACGACUACUGGACCGUGAGCACAGAUGAAGGCAGCUACUCUCACGAGCUCACGCCCUCAUCAGAGCUCAUCGUCAAAGCCGGUUACCUGCUUCGUACCGCAUCCAUUUCAGACGGCAAAAUCCAUCUCACCGGCGACAUCAAUGCGACCACGACUGUUGAAGUUGUAGCAGGAGCCCACGAAAAGAUCAAAGGUCUAACGUUCAAUUCUGCCGACGUCAAGGCCACACUCGAUCGAAACGGCUUCCUGAAGUCCAGCAUCGCCUUCACCGCCCCGAAGAUCAACCUCCCAGAUCUCUCCACCCUACCGUGGCACUCCAUCGACACCUUGCCGGAGCUUCUGCCAGACUAUGAUGAUUCAUCGUGGGUAGAUGCCGACCACACCAACACGAACAACACCUACUGGCCCCUAACAACCCCCACCGUCCUAUGGGGCGCCGAGUACGGUUUCCACGCCGGCUCGCUCCUCACGCGCGGCCACUUCACCGCCACAGGAAACGAAUCCGUCAUCCACCUUAACGUCUCUGGUGGUUCGGCCUUCGCUUUCUCCGCAUGGGUAAAUAACACGUUCCUCGGCUCCUGGGACGGCGCCGGCGACGUGAAGAUUGCGAACCUCACACUCAACGUCCCGAAACUGGUCACUGGGGAGAAGUACGUGUUGACGGUAUUGAGCGACCACAUGGGCCACAACGGAAACUGGUUCGUCGGGUACAACGAGAUGAAGACGCCGCGCGGGAUAAUCGGGUACUCGUUCCCCGGGCACACGCCUCCCAGCAGUAAUGGCACGUCGCGCGCACCCGACGGCUUAAAGUGGAAAAUCACUGGCAAUCUGGGCGGUGAAGACUUCCACGGCGGCCCGCGCGGGAGUUUGAACGAAGGCGCGCUGUGGAUCGAGAGAAACGGGUUUCAUCUCCCUUCCGCGCCGACAUCGUCUUGGAAGAAGAGCAUAGGACCUACCACCGUGCUGGAGACAGCAGGCGUAGCGUUUUACACUGCGAUAUUCGACCUGGAAAUUCCCUCAGACAUCGAUCUACCUCUGUCCUUCGCUUUCGAUGGCGACGCGUUUGACGGGAAAGGUAAGGGAUGGAGAGCCCAGUUGUGGGUAAACGGGUACCAAUUUGGGAAAUUCGCGAACGGAAUUGGCCCGCAGAGGAGGUUUCCAGUGCCGCAAGGGAUACUGAACUAUAGUGGGGAGAAUACCUUGGGUGUGAGUAUCUGGGCGCUUGAGGAGGGUGGUGCGAAGCCAGAGGGGUUCGAGAUUGUCGCGGGUAUGUCGGUUGAAAGUGGGUAUGGUGAGGUGAAGUUGAGCCCUAUGGAUGGGUGGGAGAAGAGAGAGGGGGUUUAUUGA